AUUAUGAUUGUGCUAGUAGAUGGCUCGUGGAAGUACCUCGAGGAAUGAGGGAAAUGGCGGGAACGAGGCAAAAGGUGGGAUUAACCACUUGCUUGUCAUGGCCCUAGAUCCCAUGUCCCAGACCAUGGAUCGCUUUGAUAGGCGGUUAAACGAGAACCCAAACCCUCGAGGGCAACAUCAACAAAACAGUGAGGGAGACCAGUCCCUUGAAAGAUUUCUCAAGUUUCGACCUCUGUGUUAUGCUGGUGGCCACGAUACGGAAAAGACGGAGGUACGGUUGGAGACCUUGGAAGACAUUUAUGAAGCUCUACCAUAUCUUGAAGCAAGAGAGGUGGAGUACAAGAGUGCAAUGGCUAGUACUAUUCAAAUUUCCUAUGCCGCAGUGGUGGAGGCAUCGCAUCGAGAGGAAAGCGCCCAGAAUGAAGUGCAAGCAUUUCAUGCUCGUAAGCCAGUAGGACCAAAGCUUGGCUCAAACCCAAAGCUGACAUUAGUAAAGAUCAUGCUAUAG